AUGAGAGCAGCAGCAGUCCUAUUCAGACGUUCCGUGUGGAAAGGUCCACACUUUGUUCCUCUUCCCAUCUCCAAGGCCAAGGAGACCAAGACCCCAAUCAGGACCAACGCUAGAUCGUGCACAAUUUUGCCACAGUUUGUUGGUCUGACAUUCCAGAUACAUAAUGGUAAGGAUUAUGUUCAGGUUCACAUCAACGAGAAGAUGGUUGGAUAUAAGCUGGGUGAGUUUGCGCAUACCAGGAAGAAGUUUAAGUACACUCAGACGAAGAACAGGUGA